GGCAGUAAAUUUAAUGAAGCCAUGAUUCCACGCCGGAAAUUCUAUAAUCAAGAAGAAGAACGUUCGUGUUGGAGAGCGGCUAACUUCUAGCAUUCAAACAAUUUAAAUUAUACCGAGCAAAUGUUGCCUCUAUCUUUGUUGAAGACUGCCCAGAACCAUCCAAUGUUGGUGGAGUUGAAGAAUGGAGAGACAUAUAAUGGUCAUCUGGUCAGUUGUGACAACUGGAUGAACAUUAACCUGAGAGAAGUUAUUUGCACCUCAAGGGAUGGCGAUAAGUUCUGGAGGAUGCCUGAGUGCUACAUACGCGGUAGCACCAUCAAGUAUCUGCGAAUUCCAGAUGAGAUCAUUGACAUGGUAAAGGAGGAGGUCGUGUCAAAGGGCCGUGGACGAGGAGGUGCUCAACAAAACAAGCAGCAGGGCAAGGGACGUGGAGGAGCUGGACGUGGCGUGUUUGGCGGUCGUGGCAGGGGAAUGUCCAGCGGUGGACGGGGACAGCAGCAGCAGGAUAAGAAACCAGGCAAAUCUCAGGGGUUGAAGAACCAACACUGACCAUGAUCCUGUAACUACGUCUUGUUAGAGUUCCUCUCUCCAUGAAGAGAAAUUCCACCUGAGGUGUUCUUUUGUUUUGGUGUUCGGUAUUGAGGAGGGAACAUUGGAAUGGUGCUAGUGGACGGUGGUAGAUAAGAUUUUUUUUUUUUUAAAUCCAUCUCUCGGAUUUUAGUAAGAGUAAUAGUCAUGUCAGCCCGUGAUUUCAUUGUUUCAUAACUCAAACAUUAGAUUUGAACAUCAUUUUUCAAUCAGCAUGUUGUAAUUGUGUUUCCAUUGCAUUUUUCUAUGACUCCUUUCUCCUCUAGUACCACUGCCUCUGCUCAAAUAUAGUUUAGGAUGUGUUUGACCCUGGAGUCUCGACCCUGGAGUCCCACACUGGAAUUUAUUGGACAUGACUCAUUUGUCUUUAGAGUCCCUGACUUUGAUUGGACUUUUUCUUUUAAGUUAAAACGUGGUAACAAAUGUUCUUGAUUACCAAAUUUCCAAUUUCCAUAAAAAAGCAUGUCAGUUGGAUUUUGUUUUAUAUUUGUAACAAAAUUGAUUAAAGUUAUUUGCAUACACAAGAAUAAAAUCGGGA